AUGGAUUCUAGUAAUCCAUAUAGUCACACGUCCAACUUUGUGGACCUUUUGAACUGUCAACAAGAUUGUAACCUUCCCGAACCCUUUCCUUAUGAAAGCGCUUCACAACUCCCAGUGUUCAGUAGUCAACCAACUGAACCUGCAAACACCAGUGCCGAACCAACUGAAGCUGCAAACACAAGCUUCUGUGGAGACUCACGUUCAGUGCGCAAAGAAAGAAGAAAAUGGACUCCCUCUGAUGAUCUAGUGCUCAUUAGCGCCUGGUUAAACACCAGCAAGGAUGCUAUAGUCAGCAAUGAGCAAAAAGCAAGUACUUUCUGGGGCCGCAUUGCCGCUUACUUUGCAGCUAGUCCGAAGGUGGCAGGAGGUGAUCCCGCAGAACCUCUUCAGUGUAAGCAAAGGUGGCAGAAGCUGAAUGAUCUUGUUUGCAAGUUCUGUGGAUCAUAUGCGGCAGCAACAAGACAGAAAACUAGUGGUCAGAGCGAGAGUGAUGUUGUGAAACUGGCACACGAAAUAUUUUUUAAUGAUCACAAGAUUAAAUUUAAUCUCCACCAUGCUUGGGAGGAGCUCCGCUAUGACCAGAAAUGGUCUGAGCAUGCGAGUAGUAAGCUUGGUGGAAAGGCGCAGAAGAGAAAGUGCGAUUCUGGAGCAGAAACAGCAAGCUCUCAAGCAACUAUCAAUCUAGACGAGCAACCCACCAAAAGGCCAGCUGGUGUUAAGGCUUCAAAAGCAGCUUCUGCAAAGAAACCAAUCGCAGAUCAUGAGGCUUCGUUAAAGUUUCAGACCAUGUGCUCUAUGAAAGAGAAAGACUUGGCCCUGCAAGAGAAAGACUUGGCCCUGAAAGAGAAAGACUUGGCCCUGCAAGAGAGAGUUUCGAAAAUGGCUCUGCUUAACAGCCUCAUUUCAAAAACAGACACACUUUCUGAAAUAGAACAAGCAGUAAAGACUAAGCUUCUUAAAGAGAUGCUGGAUAACUAG